UUGGUUUUUAUACCAAGCACUCACAAGUUAUUGGUGAAGUUCACAGGAGUAACUUCUGUGAAUGAUGUCAACAAACACGACAUACCCCCCAUGCAACGCGCCUUCACCAGUUUCCCUGAUAUUAUGACCGGCAAGUUUAAGAAGGAUGUGUUGAUCGACGUUAUUGGCGUGAUCGAUGCUAUUGGAUAUCAACAAACUCAAAGUGGAGGGAAAAAAUGCAGGUCAAUUUUGUACUCAGGGAUGCAGCCAACAACACAAUGAACUGCACCCUCUGGGAGGACUAUGCCAAACAGUUUUCCAAGUUUCACGAGGAAAAUCCAACAACCUCUGGACCAACUGUGAUUUUGCUUAGCUAUGCAAAAGUUAAGGAACAGGGCCAAUACCCGCUAUCCGUUACAAAUACAUUCCAUGUUACAAAACUCCAGAUCAAUCCAGAUUUGCCUUCUGUUAAAGACUUCGUAAAUGGGUAUCUUCCAUGUCAGUUAUGGUGUUCCAUUCAUUAUUUGCGAUGGUUGCUAAUAUAUUUUAUCUUAUAUCCUCAUCCAGUUUCUCAAAGGAGGCUUUGCGUACCGUUUCAAGCCAGCUUAGCUCACACUCUCAGCAAUACUCGCGCAGCUCGAAUUCUGAGAAUGUUAGACAGAGUGACACUCAAAAGCUGCUUAAUAAGGUUGUUGCUCUACCUCUGAGUCAGCUUAAACAACUGCGCGAGGACACUUUCUGUGCUACUGUUGCAAAGACAAGGAAACUCAUUGCUUCUUCCUAUGGAUGGUACUACCGGUGCCGCCAUGCAUGCACCAAAGCUGCACGCGGUGAUAAACCUCCAUACGAAUGUGAUAAUCACCAUUUGACUGAGACGGAAAUAUAUAAGUAUAAGAUUGAAGUUGAAGGAUUCCAUCUUGACACGUCCUACAAAUUUAUUUUUUGGGACAGGGAAUGCCAACAAAUCUUAGGUAUUUCAGCUGCUCAAAUGCGCGACACAAUGAUACAGGCUGGUAUUACAGAUCCUUUGGAUUUUCCCUUAAAGCUUGAUGCCAUGUUGGACUUGGAUCUGGCUUUAAGAGUUAGAUGGCAGCCUAGUUAGGACAGCUCCUCUGUUAUUAUGUUUAUA